GUUAUUACUUCAGCACAACGGUGUGUUUGAGAGUAAACCCACAACAUCUACAUUUAGAGUACGACGUUUCGCUGGUGAUUACAUCAGCUUCAUCAGGUGAUCGCCAUAAUUUUUAAGAAGUCCUGUUUCGGUCUUAAAUAGAGGAGUAAAGGUCAUGUCAUCACUGUGAGCCUAUCAGGUGCGAAAAUAAUCGUUGUAUUGUACUUCUAUGUUCCCACAUUUAUGCUCACCGUCUUUAUCAACCGGCACUAACCAGCAUGAUGAAGUAUAGGACGCGAAGAGCCACAUCGAUUGUUACAUCACAACCGUGUCAAAAGAUAAGUUUUUUUUUUUCCCAGCAGUAGAUUCAGAAUGGCUGAUGAUGAUCUUUUGUGAUAAUGGGGUUAGAGCUAGAAAAUGCCAUCGUAUUUUAAUUUAACAUGGGCUACGCAUGUCUUAUCCCAGUGAAUCAGUUGCAGAAAUUUAAACAGUAAUUUUCCGUUUAACUAUGGAACAGCGGACAAGUGUAGUUACAUUAGCAUAUUAGCGGAGUCCUCAUAUAAACUGCAUGUAGACUGCUGGACGAGGAAAUAUUGCCCUGUUCUUCUCGACAAAGGAAGUGACAUCAAGGAUUUCCAACACUCGAGAUCACACGCACUAUUCAGGUUAACAAAAACAAGAAAAUGAUCAUUCUGCGCAGCAGAGAGCAUUUGAGGGAGCUGAUGGUGGCCUUGUCUCGCCGUCUUCCUCACUCUGCCAAGACGUAUGGGAGGUUGUACUUUGGACUGAAAGGCAUGUCCGGACCCUCGGACAUUUACGUGGACUCCUGGCCAAACUUUCAAGCCGUAGUUGUACAGCCAAGGGAGCAGGCCGGUGAAAAGCCGUUCAUGCCCAGCUAUUCCACAUUUUCACUCAACCCAAGCAGCCUUGCCGGCCUCCUGUUUAAUGUCGUGGAAUGGAAGAAGCCCUUCAUGCUGGCAGGUAUAGAUGUUGAUUUGAAAGAACGUGUGGAUGAUUUGGCGGCCAGAAAAAAUGUCCGUCUCUCCUGGCCCUCGCCCUACUACAUGUUCACAACGAAUGACCCUGCCACACUCAGAAUUCCAAAUUCUAAAUCAGGCCUGAAAACGGCGAUGUUAAACACAAGCCACGCUGAGUUGGUGUGUGACUCAUGGAAAUACAAAGGCCACCCUGACAGCCUGCGCUUAAUCCAGACUUGUAUAAAAAAUGGAUUUCCCAAUAGCUGUGUCCUGGACGCUUCUGGAAGUCCAGUCGCCUGGAUUCUCGGCUACUCAUAUGGAGCGCUUGGCUUUGCAUUUGUGAGGCCUGACUACCGCAAGAAGGGUCUGUUGUUACAGUGUAUGGCAGCAAUUCUACCCACAUUAAAUGAGGAUUUACCUCUGUUUGGUUAUAUUAAUGAGGAAAACACCGCUUCAUUACAGUGGGCCACAAAAAUUGGGCUUUCAAAGCCGAUUGACCAUGGGUUUGCAUGGGUGACUGCAGAGCCCUGAUCUGUGCUGUCUUAAUAUUUAGUGAGGAGUGAUGAAUCCUCACUUGAUAUUUUCUAGAAUUCUGUUAUGUGGGCUUGUAGUAGGCACUGACUACUAGUCGAGUACAAUGUAUACCUAUCUAUAACGAUCCCAGUACUGUCCUUAAUGACAAACGGUAACCCCCAGCACUAUUCCACGGGCAGUUUUUGCAAACCCACUGCACGCACCUCCACAAUCGCACAAGGACAAAGUACAUCAUAUCACCUCUGCACAGGUUAUUUUUUCAUAGAUUGGCUGCUUCAUGGUCUCUUUUUUAAUACCCAAAAUUUCAGAAAGUACCGGGUGCGGAUCGCAACUGCAGGGGUUGUGAAGGCUGUGCACUUUCCACAACUCGCGCUCCCCUCUCUCCACGUGGAUUCCGCACAGCCACGCUGUAACACGCUGUAAUGAAUCCGCGACAGAAUGAAUGAGAAACAACCGAAUGCGAAUGCUCAGGGAAGGCAAUCGUCACCAAUGGGCGGACUAACAGCCAUAAAAUGUUUUACACUAAUGGCAGCCCAAACUGACAGCCCAGUCUACCAUGUGAGCCUCUCCUGCCUAUGUUGUUGUGGAUGUUAAGUUUGCUUUUUCCCCAAAAAUCAUACUUUUAAAUGUUAGCCCGUCCUAGGACGGAAGCUGUAAUAUUAAAGAUGUAAAUUGACGUUUUAUUGUGUGAUUGUUAAUUUUAUUAGGAAACGUAGCACAUAAAGACAUUUUUCUUAACUUAAAAUGAAAUUAUUGACUUUGGAAGAGUUCUCGAUAUACGAUGUUUUGUGCGAAUCCCUUAUCACUGAUCAAAAGGUUUCCCUGCAAUUUAUUGGAGUACGUUGCCAUUGGAGUCGAUCGGCUUUUCCACUUUCACUUUGCCUUUCCGACAGCAACUUGUGAACUUUCCAUCUGAUGGUCGCUCCUCAGCAAAAUUUAGUGAACCACAACACACUGCAGUUGUGUUCAAUCACUUGCAGUUUCACAAAGUCAUUUGCCGUAGCACGAAUAGCUUGACUACGACGUUCUUGUCCUGCGAGACGAUUUUCAGCAUUGGCAGCGAGGCGAGCUUGUGUCGUAUGUGGAGUUUCUCGCUUGCGUCGAUUUGCUUGAUAAAGAGCGUCAGCUGCACGUCGAGAUUGCGUCUGAACCGGACUUUCUUGUUCUCGUCGAUUUGCUUGCCUUUCGGCAUUCUCUGUAAGAAUUCUGUCCAAAGUGUCUUGGCUCUGGCGAGCUCUCCAUCUCUGCUGUCUUGCUCUUUGCAAACGGCGUUUCUUAGCUGCAGUAUUGUCAUCCUCCGUGAUGUUUGGCAAUCCUGUGCUGACGUAUUUAGAUCUCACGACACUUAACGUGCUCCAGCAGCUGGAACACUGCGAAAAAGGUUGUCUCGCGCUUUUUAGACACUGUAUAGGGGCCAAAUCUAGCUAGAAUAGAGGCAAAAUAAGCAUUAAAAUUGGUAAAAAAAAUUUUACCACAAUAGGCCAAAGGCAAACAAUCUCUUGGCUGUAUAAUUUGAAAAAACCCCUAACUUCACUUUAGCACUGUUUUCAAAUCACCUGAAGCUGUUAACUGACAAAUGUGUCUUCACCGAUGGACGCUUGAUAGCGAAGAGUGAAAAAAGGUGAGUGCUGAUAGUGUCUGAAGUUACUUAGCAAAUAACGAAGAGCAAAGAGAAGCAUUGGAGUUACGAAUAAAAUUGAUCGGAGUCUAAUUUUAUCUUGUCUAAAUGUAAUGGCAGGGAUUAUUUUAAAAAAAGAAUGUCAUCAAACACUUCACUGCAUUUCACUGUAGCGCUGUAUUAAUGGCAGUGAAUGUUGCACAAAGGAAGUCAUAAAACACCUCACAGCAUUUGACCGCAGCACUGCAUUUAACGGACGUUCAAUUACUUGCAAUUCUCUGCUCUGAUACGUACUUAUCUUCCGCUUUCACUCACUGGGGUUGAAAACAAUUGGAAUUCGAUACAAUGUCUGCAAAGUAGCAUAGACAUUUUUAUUGUAGCAUAAUUUGGAAGCGUAAAGUAGACUUGCCUUGUGUUGGACGUGCCUAAGAAGUAAAUACAGGCACCAAAUGCACUUUCUGUAAAGAUAUGUAAAAUCGAAAGCGAAUUUGCAUAACAUUUUCAUUUUUUUAAAUCAUAGCCGCUCGAUCUUCUGCGUGAGACACAAAACCCAGGCACACGUGAAUAAUAAUGAGGGGGGGGGGGCAUGUGGAGUGACGUCACACACGCAGCCAUUUUUGGCUCGUUAUAUUAGUUGCUGUGUUUUCUUUAUUAGCUUUAGUUUCCAUAAAGAAAAGUCUAAAUGAAAGCUAAUUUGUGUAAACAAAUUUUCGUUUCCCCUCCACCUUCUUCAUGCGGAGUGACAUCACCCGUUCAUGAUUAUUAAUGACUGGGGGGGGGGGUCCAUGUGGAGGAUCCCACCUGUUCAUGAUUAUUAAUGAGGGGGGCUGGUCGACGUGGAGGGACGUCACGUGCAUUACACACAGACAUUCUUGGCUCAUAUUAGGGAUUUCAUAGUUCCUUGUAUAUCUAUGUGUGUAUUCAAGUGGAAAAAACAGACUGAGCAAAAGUCAAUUAUCACCAGUGAGAAGCUGGAAAAACAGAACAGCUUGCCUGGCAUGAUAAAAAUCACCAAUGCGUGUAAAGUUGUCUGCUUAGGCCAGGGGUGUCCAAACUACGGACCGCGGGCCAACUGCGGCCCGCGGUCCAAUUUUUAUUGGCCCGCAGCAAAUUCUGAAAAUAUAAUAGAAUAUGGGCCGCACAAGAAGCUUGAGCUCAACUCUGUUGCACUUCUCAGUUUCAACACUAGAUGGAGCCAGCCACGGAAAACCGUGCUUCUUCACUAAACAAAAUUAAGCAAAGAAAAACUUUUACCGCGAGUCACCAGAAAUGGCAGCACCGAAGAAACGCAAAAUAGCGAGUGAGUGUGGAAGAUUUCAAACACGGUGGGAAAAUGAAUAUUUUUUCAAAGAAAUCAACGGAAAGUGUGUCUGUUUGAUUUGCAAUGAAGAUGUUGCUGUGAUGAAAGAGUAUAAUGUCCGUCGGCACUAUGAGACCAAACAUCAGAGCUACACAUCGUACACCGGUGCCGAACGAACACAGAAAGUCAAGCAAAUGGCGGCUAGCCUGCAAGCUCAACAACAAACAUUUUUUCGUAGUAACAAAAUACAGGAAAACGCCACAACAGCAAGCUAUGAAGUCACUAAACUUAUUGCCCAGCACAGCAAACCGUUCUCAGACGGUGAUUUCAUAAAGCAGUGCCUCAUCAAAGUCACAGAAAUAAUGUGCCCGGUAAAAGUGCAGGAUUUCAACAGCGUGAGCUUAUCCAGAAAUACAGUGGCGCGGAGAAUCGAGGACUUGUCAGCUAACUUGAAACUUCAGCUGAGAGACAAAGCUUGUGCUUUUGAUUUUUACUCGAUAGCAUGCGACGAGAGCACAGAUGCCACAGACACCGCGCAGCUGUUAAUUUUUUUGCAGGAAGUAGAUGAUAAUUUUUGCUGUACGGAGGAACUGCUUGAUAUGAUGAGCCUAAAAGGCACAACGACGGGUAGAGAUAUUUUUGAAGCUGUGUCAGAGGCAGUUGAAUAGAUGGGGCUUAAAUGGGACAAGCUCUGUGGAGUAACAACGGAUGGAGCUCCGGCCAUGAUGGGCGAGCGCAAAGGAAUGGCAUCGAUGGUGUGCGCCAAGGUAAAAGAGAGCGGAGGUGAGGCUGUUAGGAUGCACUGUAUAAUCCACCAAGAAGCACUGUGUGCCAAGACUGUGCAGCUGGGCGAUGUGAUGAAAACUGUUGUAAAAACUGUCAACAUAAUUCGAGCUAGAGGACUGUACCACAGAGAAUUUCAAGCUUUCCUAUCUGAUGUGGAUGCUGAAUACGGGGAUGUACUCUACCACUCUGAUAUGCGCUGGCUCAGCCGCGGCUCUGUGCUGCAGCGGUUUUAUUCGCUGAGAUCAGAAAUCGACCAGUUUUUGAAAGAGAAGGGCCGACCUCUUCAUGAACUGAGUGACCCUCGGUGGCUGGCAGACCUGGCAUUUUUAGUUGAUCUUACUCAUCAUCUGAAUACACUGAACAAGAACCUACAAGGCAAAGAACAGCUGGUGCCACACCUGUAUGCACACAUGAAAGCCUUCUGUGUAAAGCUCUGCCUGUUUGAGACACAACUACGAAGCUUUAAUGCUGCACACUUCCCUGCACUGUCUGAAAUCAAGUCUGCUUUUCAAAAGGCCGACCUUCCUGCUAAAAAGGAGAAUAUGUGUCUGUGAUUGUAUCUCUCGUGACAGAAUUCAACCAGCGUUUCCAAGAUUUUUCUGUCAUUGAAAAACAAAUCAAGCUGUUCUCGACCCCCUUCCUGGUGGAUGCAGAAGAAGUGGAAGAGAGGCUGCAGUUAGAACUGAUUGAAAUGCAAUGUGAUGAUUCUCUGAAGUCAACAUCAGCUUCUCUCCCUCCCUGACUUCUAUCAGAGUUUGGAUAAUGCCAAGUUUCCUCUGAUGAGACGCCACGCAAAAAGAAUGAUGAGCCUGUUCGGCUCAACAUACAUAUGUGAACAAACAUUUUCUCUGUUUAAUCAGAACAAAAGCAGACUGAGAACCAGAAUGACUGAUAGCCAUCUCUGUGAAGUCCUUCGUGUCUCAACCACCAAACUUUCUCCUGACAUGUCAGCCAUCCUUCAAUCCAAAGAACAGCAUCACUGCUACCACUGAGUGCAAUGUUCUUCACAUUAUAGGUGAGUUAGAAAUACACACAGUAUUCAUGUGUCAAUAUGUCACCUCUAGUGUGUGGCCCGGCCUUUUGUUUAUUUUUCUGUAUUUGGCUCUCACUAAAAAAACUUUGGACACCCCUGGCUUAGGCUGUUGGAUAUUUACCCUUCCAGGAACUAAUCCAACUCAUGUGGUCAAUCCAAUGGCAGGCCAUGAAGGAAGCUAACACCUUGGGUAAGGAGUGACCCAGCAUCCGUUCCUGAGAAAUAUAUUCAGUAAACCCUCUCCAUCCACGAGAGAUAGUUCUUGAAAACGCUCGCGAAUCCAGAAUUACAAAAUGCAGAAACUUUGCUCCAAUGGGGAAAAUUGGGUUACGAUCCUGGUACGAGUGAACAUUAUGGGUGGCUCUUGGAGGUGGCUGAGGAGUUCAAUUGUGGAUCCGCAGAUCUUUCGGCAUUUGGGGCACGCGGUCCCAGAUGGGAGUAGCAUCUGCAGUGCCGGGUCAGCUUCCUUUUCCUUUAUUUUUGUCACGGCGAUCCACUUUGGUAGAGACGUUGGGUCGGCGCUGCUGCUGGAUGCAGCUCCCAGGGUCACUCCACCCCUGGCCACGCCUACUCUUUCGAACCUUCUGGAGGGACUCCGACUAUUGCGUAAUCCCCCAGCCCCCACUGGGGGCCUGGGGUGUGUUCCUCCGGUUCCCAACCGCCCUCUGGGUUCCCUGGCCUAACGGCGUUACUUCGUACAGGACGGACUCGCUGUUGCACCCCCUGUUGACCCGUGGCUGACGAUACACCAGGUAAGUAGUGGUAACCCCGUGUAACGAACACAAUACCCACUUCAAAUAAAUUAAUGAUAAGCGCACAAGAUGAGAUGUUAUCACUAUGUACCUUCUGUAAACGGUCUGAGAUGUAUCUCUUAACCAUUUUAUUUUACCGUCUAAAUGUUUUCAUUGCUCAAGUCUUGUAAGUAGAUUAUCAUGGUUAACGGUAUUAAAGGCGUUUGACAAUUCGAUGAAUAGCGCAAAGCAGUUGUGGCCUUUAUCCAGGUUACUGAAAAUAAAUGCACUACAUCCAUCAUUGCUGUGGUGGUGCAGCUAUCUUCAAACAAAAACCAGACUUUACUGUGAAGGCGAUUGUGACUUUUCAGCUAGCACCAUGCUACUAUAAUUAUUAGGGUCUUUUUUGGAGCAAUUUUUAUAAAGUGGACGAAUAAGAGAGGAUUUACACUCGACCAUAAAUGUAUCUUUGAUAAGUAAGAGGUUCAAAUGUGUGUGAGGGGUUUAUAAAAGAGACCUGCCACAGCCACAAGUGCAAAUACAGGCAACUCGUCUUCACCCGUGGAUGAUGAUGCCUUAAUUGAUGCCAGCUUAUGCAAUACAUCCAGUUCAGGUAUGGGACGAAACAAGAAUUAUGAAUGAUGACUCUCACGAACAUUUUUAGGGUUGAUGUGUGAAGAAGAAGAAGUGAGUGAUGUGAACAGUGCUGUAUUUGGAUACAUUUUACCCUGGUGUGUUUUGUCAAAGAUAUGCCCUGCUGAUCCAAAAUGAGAAUUAAAUCCAUUGACAAUU